AUUCAAAAUCAGUUGGUGAUGCAGAGCAUCACUCUCCUCUAUAUAAAGAGGGCCCUUCCAUUCACAAAUCAAAUAUCCAAAUUUGAAUGCAUAGAUUGGGAAAUGGAGAUAGAGAAGAGAAGUGGGCAGCUCUGCUUAUUCAUUUUGGUCAUCGUCUUAUCAUAUUCAAGCCCCGGAAACUCCAACUCUGACAACUGCGUGUACGCCCUAUAUGUAAAAACAGGCUCAGUCCCGAAGGCAGGAACGGACUCAAACAUAAGCAUCACCCUCAGCGACCCUGGUGGGAAGUCGGUGCGGGUCUCCGAUCUGGAGUCUUGGGGCCUGAUGGGGUCCAACCACAACUACUACGAGAGGGGCAACAUGGACGUGUUCAGCGGCAGAGGGCCAUGCAUUGGUGCACCAAUCUGUCGCCUCAACCUAACCUCUGACGGGUCAGGUGAGCACCAUGGGUGGUACUGUGACUACGUUGAGGUUACAGCGACUGGCCCGCACAGGCCUUGUGGGCAGACCAUCUUCUACGUUGAUCAGUGGCUUGCCUCCGAUGCUCCUCCCUAUCAGUUGACCGCCGUUGUCGAUGGAUGCAGACUGGAGAAUAUUGCGGCAAAAUCUGGGCGGUUGGUUCUGAGAAAUUCGUUGGGAUCUGCUUCAAUGUGAUGCGGAGAUUUUCAUGAUUUGAAUCCGGUUUGCAUGCCUUGUCACAGGAGAGACAUUAAUUUAUUUCUU